ACGACGGCGCUCGCUCGUUCGCUCGUUUGGCUCUCAAGAGUUUUAUUUUGUUACUCCUUCUUUGCGCGGUUUGGUUUGUUUUGGUUUUUAACGCCGCGACGGGGUUCGUUUUGGCUUAUUUUCUCAAAGUGCCUUCCGCAAGCCGGAGGUUAUGGGAUGAGAACUGAUCGGAGUGGAGUUUUAUUUUGUUUUGUGGUUCUUACUUUGUUUGUUCGUUUGUUUCGUGCUACUGUGUGAGUUUUCGAGCUUUUUUGGACACGAACGCGACGCGCCGAGCUGCGGUGUGUGUUUUGUAUUCCUCGGCUAAUUAAGCUUUUGUGUGUUAAGCAGCGUCGGCGGCGGCUUAAGUCGGAAUUCUACGCCGCGGCGCAGCAGUGAUAAGCCGGGCGCAAGUCGUGAUGCCCUUGAAAUCCGUGUCAUUGGAUCAGAGAACGCGGGUGCUGCUCGGCGAAUGCCGGGGUUAUUUUUAACCUUCACGGGCCCAGGAACCAAGUGGACGACGACGACGGCGAGUGAUGAUGCUCUAGGGUAGCCCGACCAACCUUAGGCCCAACGACAGCAAGGAAGCAAGCAAGGAAGGAAGUGACUUUGGGCUGCUCGAAAGAGGCACAAGAGAAAAGAUCAAGUGCGAGAUCAGGCGAAGGCGAAAAACAAAAGAAGAGACGCCCAGAAGAUAAGCCACGAAAGAUAAGUGAUAUAUGUUGGUCGUGGAGUUGGGCACGACGCGAAGCAUAAGCGAGAAGAAAGAGAGAACCUAAAGUGCAGAGAAGAACAUCGCGCGUUCAAGAAGUGAAACAAAAAUCAAAGGUAAUUACGCGUACUCCGUGUGUUAUUCUUGUGCUGGGAAAGAAGAACGCCGCGAGAGUGUGCGAAAAAAAAGAAUAUUGUUAAUUAACGCCAGGUCAGCGCCGCUAUUGAUCAAAAUUAAACAACCCCCCACCAUCGCAGACCGCGUCCCACGUGGUGUGUUUACAAACAAACGCACGCAGGCCGGCAUUUCAAGAAGACAAACGCAGCCGGUUGCGUGACGGCAGCAUAAGAGUCGAGAGACAUCAACAACAUUUUGACGGUUUGACGACAUUUUCCGCCCGCCGGACGAAACCAUGUCGGUGACAAUCGUCCUCUUCUACGUGAUCAUCACCGCGUUCAUGCUGAUGUCGUACAGCCACAAACCGCGCAAGAUACUGGAAACCGCCAAGGGCUAUCUGUUGCAGCUGCUCCACCUGAGCAACAACAACGCACCGACGAUGAUACACGUGCCGCCCGAUGAUGCCCCGGCACCACAGCGGGUCAACAACGUGUGGGACAUUCCGGGCCCGCAGCGGUGGCCACUGGUCGGGACCAAGUGGAUCUACAUCACCGGGCGCUACAAGAUUGCCAAAAUGCACGACGCGUUCGUGGAUUUGCACAAGCGGUACGGCAACGUCGCGCUCGAGGUGGACCGCGUUCCGGUGGUUCAUCUGUUUGACCGGGCCGACAUUGAGAAGGUGCUGAAGUACCCCAGUCGGUACCCGUACCGACCACCGACGGAAAUUGUCGAGCACUAUCGGAGAAGCCGGCCGGACCGGUUUGCCAGCACGGGAAUCGUGAACACACAAGGCGAACAGUGGCACGAACUCCGGGUCAAGCUGACUUCCGGCAUCACGUCCAGAAAGAUUCUGCUAGCGUUCAUCCCCUCUCUGAACGAAAUCUGCGACGACUUUGUGGAACUGAUUCGACGCAAACGUGACUCCAACGGCUGCGUCAAGGACUUUCAGGAUCUGGCCAACACCGUUGGUCUUGAAAUAAUUUGCUGCCUCGUGCUGGGCCGCCGGAUGGGCUUCCUGAGCGGCGAUCGGCAGAGGAACGAAAAGUUUGGCAAACUGGCCGAGGCCGUCAAGUCGACGUUCGUGUACAUCAGCCGCAGCUACUACGGGUUCAAGCUGUGGAAGUACCUGCCGACGCAGCUGUACCAGGAUUACGUGCGCUGCGAGGAGAUCAUCUACGAUACAAUUGCGGAAAUUGUGAACGAAGCGCUGCAAGAAGAGCAGCAGCAGUGCUCGGAGGAUGAUGUGCGGAGUAUUUUCCUGAGCAUUUUGCAGACUGAAGGGCUCGACACGAAGGAUAAGAUUGCCGGUAUCAUCGAUCUGAUUCAUGCGGCGAUUGAGACGUUCUCCAAUACUCUCUCAUUCCUGCUGCACAACCUGAGCCACCUCCCAGAGAAGCAGCACAAGAUAUCGCAGGAAUUUGACUCGGUCAAUCCGGUCACCAGCACCGAGAUGUCCAACGCCACCUUCACCAAGGCGUGCAUCAAGGAGUCGUACCGGAUUUCACCAACCACUCCGUGCCUCGCCCGGAUCCUCGAGGAGGACUUUAUCCUAUCCGGCUACCACCUAAACACCGGGACGGUAGUUAUUUGCCAUACGCGCGUUGCGUGCCAGAACGAGCAAAACUUCCGCAACGCGGACAAGUUCGUGCCCGAGCGGUGGCUCGAGCAGGUCGACGAAAACCAGAACGUCUACAAGCUGGACGAACCGGGAGCUCCGCUGGUGCUGCCGUUCGGAACGGGCCGCCGAAUGUGCCCCGGCCAUCGGAUUAUCGACAUCGAGCUGACGCUAGUGAUGGCCAAGAUCUUCCAGCAGUUUGAAGUCGAGUACCACAGUGACCUCGAUACGCAGUUCCAAUUCCUGCUGGCGCCGGGAACCCCGAUCGAGGUUAUUUUCCGCGAUCGAAACUGAGUGCUCAGUGCCGCCCUGCCUCACGCAAACUCAGAAACCAACCUCCUAAUACCUGUUAUCUAUUGUGAUUAAGCUUAGUUAAGACUAUUUUGUGUACAAAGCUAACUAUUACUACUCCUUGAUACGAAAACGUAAGCGACGAGAGAGAAAAAAGAAAGAGAGAGAAUCAUAUUGAUUACAUCCUAUAUUGUUGAAGCAGAUCUGUCUUGAUCCGUGUACGAUUAGUGACCGCGUUCCUUGUGCGGGAUGCAACCUGCAACUGAACGAAAUAUUUACUACGAUAGGCUAUCUCACACAAAUCAACUGGUAUAAUUUAUUGCAUUUUGUACAGACUUGAACGAUUAUAUUAAAAAAGAAUACUUUAUAAAUACGUAAUACAAACUAUGACUACGACUACGAAA